AUGUCGAUCUCACCCCAGACUUCAGUCCGCCUUGCUAUCGCCAUCACCGUCUUGAAACACAAGCCGAAGGACCAGUCCAUCCCAAGUUAUCUCCUCGACCUUCGGUCGCAUUUUUCUACGUCCGACGAUAGCCAGGCCUCGUACGAUGAGGAUGCGUGGAGGACUCACGCACUCUCGCUCGAAAGAGAACUCGAGUCCUUGAAACAAAAGCGGGAAGAGGAUGAAGCAGAACUUGUACAUCUACGGCAAAAUGCGACCAAGGACAUGCCAGACGACUCGGAUGUUGCUCCCCUAAAGAAGAAAACGAAGAAGACUGGUAAAACUCAAGAGCUUCAAAUUCAGGACGAUGACUGGCCUGCAAAACGGGAAGGACGCCUCAAUGCUACAGGCCAAUUGUCAACAUCCCUCACUGCAGCAUUCACCUCCCUCCGAAGUGUUCUCAACUCAACAAGUUCGCAGACAGGUGACGAACCACCACGCAACACGCGCCUGCUAGCUGCGAUCACACGCACAAUUAACAUCAUCGGUAAAUUCCUAGGCCUCCAAAAUAUUUCGACAUCUUCUGUUCCAACAGAACUCAAUGAGUCGAGGAUUGCAAUGGCCUCCCCACUUCUGGUGUAUGUCUUGCGCAUCGCUCUUCCAGCCCUCUUCUGCCAAGACAUCGGUAAUUCCAACAGUAUCGCUGUAUCCCGCCUCAUUGGCACCAUAUUUGUCCCCGUUGUCCGCAGUUUCAGUCUCGUAUCCCGGGCAUACAUUAUGCACCAUCUAGGCGCAAACUUGGCCAAGAAAACGUCGAAAAGCCGCAAAGGAAACGAGAAGGUACCGAAACCUCCCAGCCAGACACCCGUUCCCGACCCUCGUGCGGACCUCUUGACUCUUCUCAGCGAGGCGAUGAAUACGUUAGACUCGAUAUCACCCCGCUACUUUGAGUAUACAGCUGGCAUCAGGGAGCGCAUAGCAUUGGAGUCAAUUCGGGCGUUAGAGUCGUUGUACCCUACCAGGACUACUGAAAGGACUACGGGCAGCAACGCAACUCCAAAUGAGGCGUCUCGUGGUCCGGAAUCAUUGCAGGCGUCGAAUCCACACAGACGGAGAAGUGUGCUCGGUAGACAGGAUAGGCUCGAGGCUCUAGCGCGGAAAGAUGCGACGUGGUAUCUGUGCCACAUACUCAACUCAUGCGUGAGCACAGGCGGACCGAAAGACGGGCUUGGAAUUAUACUCAACUGUGCUCUUUUGGAGGCCGCUGUAGGAUUGGGGAAGAUCUGCAUCUCGAUGGACUGUGACGAUGUCGCGCAAGUUGGAAGGAGGUGUGACAUGGACGUGGUGUGUCGAAAUAUGAUCUUGGCCGCUUGUGAAAAGAUAAUCUGUGCCCUACCUCAAGAGAACCUUGAAUGUAAUACAUCGUAG